AUGUCAAACCCAAUAGAGAAAAAUAGAAUUUUGAAACCUUAUAAAACCAAUAUUAAGGCCAUUAUAUCUAACUCAAUAAAAUGCUUCUUUAUAAAAGUAAUAUUUUCAAAAUAUUCUCAUUUAGGGAGGCGUUGGAUGCAUCUAUGAUUAAUGA